CCGCCCUCGAUAUACAUUUUUCCCGACAUUCGAUGACUCUUCCAGUACUUAUCUCUUCCCCUUCUUUCCUCUCAUCUCCUUCUCGUCCGCAGUCCUUCUCCACCCCCAUCCUGACUCCUCCUCAUUGUUGCCUGCUCACCUUCGUCCUACCUACCCUUCAUCGCCUGACCCCCAUCUGACCCUGGCCGAAAAGUACCUCACGCCGCCAGCCCGCGCGACCUCCAAUCACAUGCGGCUUCCGUCAUAUGCCCACGACUCGAGACCAUCGUCAACGGGAGCACCUCAACCUCAAUCCCCAACCCUCCGCUGACCAUUUCCAUCCCACUUGUCCCUUUUCCUGGUCCGACGCCACAAUGGCCCCGUCGUCGACCUAGUCUGCUUCUUUGAUUCCGUCCCAUCAGCCUUGCACGUCAAAGUCCCCCCCAGAUGCCUUGACCGCUACCCACACCCCUACGCCAGGACUGCUGCAUACGUUUUGUGGAUAUCACAUCAAUGAAAAGCAAUGGAUGGCUAUCGAAUACGGAUCAGUCCCAACUCACCCCUUCAACGCUAAGCCAGGCACCCGAAACUGAACACACCAGCAAUCCUUUACGUUCAACAUCCAGUUUGACCCAAGAUGCAUCAACACCCUCGCCCGCCGCCUCUCACAGCCUCCCCCGCUACCUCUGAGCAAACCAACCCCAGCCGCACAAAUAACCCAAGAGAUCGAGACGUCCAGGCUCUCCGAACAAACUCUCCUCUCACCCAAGGCUCCGGUUCCUCGGAGGACUUUGCUUCUGCCCGUCAAGAUCAACCCGCGGACAACCCCGGCGUCCAAAUGCAGCGGCUCAACCAGGUCAUUCAGAACUUCCAUACCAAGUCCGCCUUGAUCAUCCUGCAGUCUCGAGUCGAACUCGCCCCAGCCUACUCUCAGAAGACCAACGACAAGAGAGUGAACCGGUGGUUCAACAUCGACAUUGAGGAGACGGACGAGUACAAAGAUGACAUCAAGAGGUGGAAGACUUGUGAUGUGGAGUACAAUAGACCUCCUCCAUUGGUCAUAGAGGUUUUCUUGAGCACCGAGUCCUUGCAGCAAGGACAGCGAUUGGUCAUUGUGGACGAAGAUGGCAAGAGGUGGGAUGUCAUGAACACCUUGAUGUCUGCCCGCAGUGCUUCACGCAGCAGUCAGCGUCGAAUGGGCGACAUUGACGAGGUCAUUCUCGAGCGGUGGACUGUCGAACUCGGCGAACAGACAGCGCCCAUCCCUCCGGAUCUCGCCAUGGUACUGCCACUGGUCUACAAAAAGAGCAUCGUUUUCUUCAGAUCUCUCUACACUUACAGCAAUUUCCUGCCAGCGUGGAAACUCUCACGAAAGAUUGGCAAAGGACGCUCCCAUAUGGCCUUGAAGCUGGGCUAUAGAUUGGUUGACGGGUCUCAGAUGCGGAGCUUGUCUCGCUCCGACAAUCUGGGCACGCGACUCUUCGAUAGCAGCUCGGGCGUUCUGUUGUCCUACGAUUUCGGCGUCACGGAUUCACCUGCUGGUCCAUUUUCUGUCAAGGUUGAUUACCGCCAGAACUGUGAUUUCCGGAUAGAUGACUCCGAGGAGCUGUUGAGCUCCCGGUUCUUGGGCACUGAUGACGAGCUAUUCCGGCCGUCAUUGCCGAGUGAGAAGGCGCCGCGGACAGAGAUCGGAUCUUUACCUGCAGAUCGACGACAGAGGUUGCUGGAACAAGCAGAGCUGGGUCAUGCAUAUGGCAGCCUGACAAGCUUCCACCAAGCGGGCAUUGCUACCGGGACUGACCCUAUCUCUGCUUUGCGAAACGCUCAAGAUUUCAAUGCAAGCUCUUCUCCGACUCCAGAACCGGCCAGGCCCACUGUGGCUUCACAUACGGCAGGCCAAAACUCGCGGAAUUCACUCAGAGCUGUGGCAGCCAACCGUCGAAGUUCAAGCUCGUUCUCCGUCCAACCCUUCAAGACACCCACUUUGUCAGCAUCUCCGCUGGGCGCCUCUCCCAUGGCGAGUUCGCCAAGAACUCAUUCUGCUCGACUUCCCGUCCUAGGCUCUUUGACGGAAGAGGGCAUUCCUUCAUCCGCAGCGGCUCCAGUGACUCUGGCCGGGCGACGAGCUGGAUCUCUUGCCUCGGACAAUGCCAUUGCGUCCUCGACCUCGAGUUCUCCAAAACCCGCUCCAGUCACGAGAUAUAGCAGUAGUUUUAGCCACAGGCGAGCGCGACUUUCGUCGGGAGGGACAACCGUACGGACAGACGAAGACCAGACAAGCAGCGGCAGAGGAAGCGCCACGUCAUCUGCACAGCCUGGUUCGGGAUUGAUGACAGAGGGAGCUACAGGAGGUGGGAGCUCGGGCUCGAUGGCAGAUGGCGAUGGUGAGAAUAUCUCCAGUUUCUUGAAGAUGCUAGAGCUGCAAAAGGAUCUCCUCACUCCUACCACCCCCACCGCUGCCGAAGCAAACACAAGAAGAACUACUGCUGCACUCAAUCGAUACCACAGAAUGAGAGAUUCCAAUACAGCGUUAUCGGAUUCUAUGUCCUCAUCAUUAUUGCUGCAGAGAUCAUCCGCUUCUUCCAGUCGACAAUUGUCCGGAGUCCCUGCUAUGGUGGCGGGAACGUCCAUCUCUACCUCGUCUUCUCCUGGAAAACCAAUUUCGCCUCAUACACCGCACACUCCCUUUGCUCCGUCUCGACUUAGCGCUGCUUACAGUCAUGAUGACGCUGACGAGCCACAUCGUCUGGCCCCUGAGGAGCCACCAUCACCUUCUGAAGCUGCCACAGAGGAGACCGCACACGCUCAGUCGACCUCCAAUGUUCCUGCCAUCGAUAUUCCCAGCUCUCCCAGGCCUUUUCCGUCGUACCAGCGUUCAAGUUCUGCUCAGCGCAGACCGUUGAGUUCAGAUGAUGAUAUUGGUGAUUUAUAUGGGAUGCGUAGUGCCAGCAUGGGGGCCGAUCGUCGGGGUCACCGCCGAGAGUCGGCUCAGGAUCACGCUGACGGGGCUGUCGGCGAGGGACAGGUGCCAAUCCAACCACCGUCCAUCGGGUCACCUCGACGAUCGUCUCAGGUUCAUCGCCAUUCUGCGCUUGCAACGGCCCUUAACAACGAUGACGGCGCUUCUGAUUCUGCCUCUGGACGAUCCUCUGCCAAUAUCUACCGCAAUCAGGUUACCAGCCGAAAUGGGAUCGGACGGCGAGUCACGCCUCCUCAAGGAUCUACGUCCAGUAUGGGAGGAACACGAGCCAGCAUUGACCCGGGAGGCAGCAGCAGCAGCAGCGUACCGUGGCGAGGAAGAAGCAGUGGGAGUCGACCUGAAAACCGCUUCGACGAUGACGACCUUUUACCUUUUGCGAUGGAAAAGAGCGAUUUCAACACGGCCGGGAAAGCUGGUGAUGUGAACGGGGGGAGUUGACAAGAAUAGAGCGAGACCGGGAUUUCUUCUCUCUGGGAGGUCCUGGUCCAGCAAGUGCGUCGUCCCGAAUGCGCAAGAGAUACCACGCACAUUCCAACUCGGGUAUGAAUGAUAGAGGAGCUCCACCAUCACGGAGCCAACGAAUUAUUGGGGUUCUACAGUGGCGUUUCAAAAUGGGUGGAUAUUUUGAAGGGCGUUUAUUGCAACGGAUGGUUUCUUGUGUUUUCGAGUGUCAAAUCUUCUGUUUUGUUUCUCGGCGGCGUCGGGCUCGACCCACAGGAUGUGUUAUAUUCUGUCAGUGAGCGUUUCAGCGCAAUCUACGUUGCAACCGAGGGAAGGCUGGUUUGACUUCUCACCAGGUGAGCUGGGUGGAAUGGGUCGACGUUGUGCCAAUACAAGGAUCGGUGGGAAAUAUGCGAACCCGGGCUGGUCGGAGCUGGACGUCAAUUGGAUAAGGGGUCUGCUUCUCGACAGAUGGUUGGGGUUUGCGCUUGUCCCUCGCCGGUUUCCGAGGGGAAAGGUGCACAGGACGAGCCUUGGAGCUUGAGGCGCCACCAGAGGACCCGGCCAACUAGUCUGGGUAACCCAGUGGCAAUCAUCAGGCGGCACUGUUUUCUGAAAUCAUGGUAUGCUCCGACGGAUCGGAUCGGAUUGGAUGGACGAAUUCCGAACGUGUUUUAUGAAUCCAAGGCCUUUCCCGACUGGAGAGGGCAGGCGACGCCCUGGCCCGGAUCAGUGACAUUGUAUUUCCUCCGCCUCGAUGACUUGGUGGCUGUUGCGGCGCACUGAGGAGCUUGGGCACUGGAAGAUUAUAUAGUAAAUGUAUGAUUUUGCCUCCGC